CAUCAGGGCUCCUGCAAACGCGGACAUGGCGGCAACCUGACCGCGGCAGGCAGCGGCAUGAAGACGAGGGCUUGAAGAAGAGGAAGAGAGGGAGAGUCGACACCGACUCCCCGCCAUGUUGGAGCACCGCCUCGUCUUUCCUGCCAGAGCCAGGCCGGGGGAGACGUAAGCCUUAAUAAGGAGGGUUCUGGGAGGCGGCUGCGCAGCCAUGGAGGAUGCGGCCCGUGGUCUCAUCCCUCACCUGAGUGGGAACCACCGCUGAUCCCGCAGGGGAAACGCGCUCCCCACGUCCAUGAGUGUUGCGGCACAGCAAACCCCACGGUGGAGUCGGCCGGUUCCCGAAAUAUGACCAGGGGUGCUGGGACGGGUUGGCAGCAAGAAGAUGACGACGGCUUCCAAAUCUGGAAUCUAGAGCCCGCCCGAGACCCCCAGAAGCCUUACACCGACUCCGAGAGGGCGCAGAGAUGGCGACUGUCCUUGGCUUCCCUGCUGUUCCUCACCAUCCUGCUCUCUGACCAGCUGUGGUUCUGCGCCGAGGCCAGGGUGUCCCGGACCCGGGACAAGUCCUCCCACUCCCCCCCCCAGAGCCCCCCAGCAGCAAACAGCAGCCUCACUCGAGAAACACACACUAUUUUUCUAGGAAACUCCACCGUCAAACAUUUGUGGCGUUUGGAAACUUGCCACCGCCGGGAUAGUUUAUUAUUCCCAGACCGCGACUGCUUCACUUUCGCGGACGCGGAUGAGUUGUGCGAGCACCUUUCCGUUGUCAACAUGAGCAAUUUGUACCUUUCCUUUUGUGACUCCUACUCGCUGCUGGAUUUGUUCGGCACUCCGGACCGGUUGAACUGCAGCGUGGCCGCGCUGCGAGGCGGAGACGCGGCCGCAUGCAGCAAGUGCGUGCAGAAAUACCAACAUCUGGACCAGCACGCCCAGGAGAAGUACGAGGACUUUGAGCUGCUCACUCUCAAAUACGAGCCGGGGGCUUAUUCGGUGAGGACGUGCAUGGAGCGGUGCAAGAUGGCCUACAAGCACUGGCUCUGUGAUCAGUAUUUCCCAUCCACGCAGCAGCCCUGUCAGAAAGUACCGUGCCACCAGUACUGCCUGGAAGUCCAACAGAGCUGUCCCUUCAUCCUGCCCGACAACGACGACCUGAUCCACGGCGGAAACCCCAGCUUCAUCUGCACAGUCUCUUUCCCAGGGCUCUUGGGGAAUCAUCCAUCAGACAAUGAGGCGAGAUGCUGCGACGUCCGAUGGGACUCCAGAAUGGACAACCCUUCAGGCGGCACGCUAAAAAGGACUGCUUCUUCCUGCGAGCCCGAGGGGGCCUCGGUCACCUCCGCCGCCACCCAGAGACUGUGCAGCGGGCGGCUGAAGAUCUGCCUGCUGGCCCUUGUCCUCCUACACACUGUCAUCAUCAUUUCGGCCUCCCAUAAUUCUACACUUGUGGGCGUGGCCGCCAUCUUCUCGCCAGAGGAGGGUGCGUCAAACGAGGAGUAAGCCUCAGGGUUGAAUCGAGGCUCGUAGAGUGAUGUCACCAGAGCAGGAUUAUGGCUUUUACAGCGCCGUGGCUGCCGGGGACAAAACUGGCGAGACGCGCUGGAGAUGUCAUUACAAUGUGCCGCUAAAGAUCCAUUAAUCAAAGGAAGCGGGAGGGUUUUACCUGGAGAUAAGGGUGCUCAAACUGGACAUCAAGCCGGCCAAGUUGUUGGAGGCCCAACCCCUUAAAAGAACUGACCUCUUGCCAUGCUCGUUUCUAUCCCAUCCAAAUGUUUUCUAGCUUAUUGUCCCAUCUAUACUUCUCGUCCUCCCCUCCCCUCCUCCGCCCUCUCCCUACAUUCUCAGUCUGUGUUUGGGUGGCAUGUAAGAGGUAAAACAGACAUUAAUGAAGUGUGCUCUCAAGAUUAUCAUUACCUUUUAGAUUUUUGCUGCACUUUUUUCAGGUGCCAGAAUGUUUUUUUUGGUUUGUUUUGUUUUGUUUUUUUGACAUAUCUGACAUAUCAACUGUGCUCCACUUCCUGUCCCUCAUCACCUUAGAGGCGUCUUCUUUAGUACCUUGUAUGUGAUGUUGCUCGAGGGCCUGCCAGGAUCAGCUCAUCCCUUACUCGGGUGUGGGUCUUGCUUCACUAAAAGAAAAAAAUGUAUGUGGUUCUUGUGUAUUCUGAUGUCCAGCUUGUGUUAUUUUUUGAUUUUCUACCGGACCUUUUUCUCAGCCCCCUACGGCAGAACUGCCUAAGCAUUUUAGGACCUUAAGUGCUCUGAGACUGGCUUGCUUUCUCUCCUGGCUUGUUCGCCAAUUGAGCAAGCCAGGAGUGAAGUGGACAAGGUGGUGACAGUUCACGGUUUCAGGGCGGGGUUUAGCCACCGUGCAGCACUCCUCGACGGGAAGCGGGUCCUAGGUUUCUCUGAAGGGUUCAGUUUACCUCACACGGGGAUGGAGACGCCCAGUGGCUCGUCUUUACAGUGCUGCAAGUAUCCACACAUUGCAGGAACAACCUAGGGAUGCUGACGCUGCGUGAAGCAAACACCUGUGGCCUCAUUUAUCAACCAAAUAUAAGCUACUUUCUACACAGAAUCGGGUUUAUUAGUUUUACAUUGUGCUUUUGAAGAACAGACCCCCAGUAGACUUUCCUAUAAACACCCAAAUAUAACCACGACUGUUUCAUUUUACCAAGAAAUGUUAUCCAAUCCCAUAUCCAAUGUGACAAUGUUACUAGCCUCAGUUUCUCAUCUUCAGCUCAUGGAGGAAUAAGGGAAGGAAAGAUUGUCAUACAAGCUAGCAUGCAAAUUGUUUGCCAACACGAUUUAAAUCCAAUUUGAACAAAGUUUGAUAAUGUCGAUAUACUGCAAUAUAGGGCUGGGCGAUAUGGACCAAAAGUCAUAUCUCGAUAUUUUCUAGCUAAAUGGCGAUACUCGAUAUAUAUCGAUAUUCUUUCUGUGCCAUAAUUGGGGUUUCCCCCAAAGCAUUAUAGCAUAGCAUCUCUGUUAGCUACAUUUUUUUCUGAGGCAAACCCUUAAAAAAAACUAUUAUUAACAGAGGUCUGCACAAUAUCAAAAUGUAUAAAACAAAUGAAAUAAAAAUAAACUGCCUGCAUAUAUAGAAUAAAAAUGCUUCUUGAAUAAAAUAAAACAAAUAUCCCUUUCCUGCAUAACAAUUAAAUUAAAAUACACUGUACAAUUAAUACAAUGUAGACGGUAACAGGCAGACUUUUCCACUGAGGUUGACAGUUGUGCAAAUAACAAAACAUUUGUGCAAAUCUCAAAUAAAACAUUCAAGUCAAUUUGUCACAAA